AUGACCAAGUUGACACAAAAGGGAGUUAAGUUUAUUUGGGAUGAUAAAUGUGAGGAAGCAUUUCAAGAGUUAAAAACUCGAUUAACAUCAGCUCCUGUAUUAAUUAUACCAGAAAAAGGUGUAAGUUAUAUAGUGUAUACUGAUGCAUCAUUGCAUGGUUUAGGAUGUGUUUUGAUGCAAUCUGACAGAGUUGUUGCUUAUGCUUCUCGUCAAUUGAAAUCACAUGAGAAGAAUUACCCAACGCACAAUCUAGAACUGGCAGCCAUUGUUCAUGUAUUGAAAGUGUGGAGACAUUAUCUAUAUGGGGAAUAUUUUGAACUCUACUCAGAUCAUAAGAGUUUGAAGUAUUUAUUCACUCAGAAGAGUUGA